UUGCGUCACUCGUUAUGAAGCCCGCGGCUCCUUUAAAUGUUUAGUUAUGCAGCAGUUAACAAUGCCGGAUUUGUCGCGAAGUCCGCGAGGGGACACAGGAUACGCAGAAAACAUCCGAGAAUCUGAAAGAAACACAACCUGGCGUGUGUUAAAUUAUUAAUUGCGUCGUAACUGCCGUUGUAACGUUCAAGGCACACGCAUCUGUGUGCCCGAGAGCUCCAGUCUGUGUGCGUGUGCGGGUGUGUGUGUCUGUACGUGUGCGUGUUUGAGCGAAUGCGUGCGUGUCGCAUGCCGGCCACACGGAUUUAGACGCGGCCCCUUUAAAUGUAAUUUUUUUUUUUUUUUUGGAUUGACGAGACACUGUUCACUGACUCCUUCCAGUACAUUUUAUUGUUGCGCAGUAAUCCGCAGUCCGGACCAGCUGUUGUGUUAAAUAAAAGAGUGACAGAAAGAAAACAUUACAACAGGGAGGGCAGGAACAGCGGUGGCCCUUUAUCCUGCUGUGUAGUAUUGUAAGUACCCACCAAACCCCUGGAUACGCCAUCUCAGCAUGCCCCCACGACCAUCUUCAGGGGAAUUAUGGGGCCUACAUCUGAUGCCUCCCCGUAUCUUGGUGGACUGCUGCCUACCCAACAGCAUCCUGGUCACUCUGGAGUGCCUGCGAGAGGCCACCCUUCUCAGCAUUAAGCGAGAUCUGUUCAGUGAAGCUCGCAAAUACCCUCUCUUCCAUCUUCUGCAGGAAGAAUCCUCUUAUAUCUUUGUUGGAGUCACACAAGAGGCAGAACGUGAGGAAUUUUAUGAUGAAACUCGUCGUCUCUGUGACCUCCGGCUAUUCCAGCCCAUCCUUAAAGUUAUUGAACCUGUAGGCAACCGGGAGGAGAAAAUUCUGAACCGUGAAAUUGGCUUUGCCAUUGGAAUGCCAAUUUGUGAAUUUGAGCUCAUGAAAGACACUGAAGUGCAAGAUUUCCGUCGCAAUAUCCUCACUGUUUGCCGGGAGGCCAUAGAGCAGCGUGAAGCAGGUGGUGCACACAGCCAGGCGCUAUAUGUAUACCCCCCCAAUGUGGAAUCAACUCCAGAACUUCCCAAGCAUAUAUACAAUAAACUGGACAAAGGACGACUCAUUGUGACCAUUUGGGUGAUUGUGUCUCCCACAAAUGACAAGCAGAAAUACACGCUGAAGAUACCACAUGACUGCUUGCCAGAACAGGUGAUUGCUGAAGCCAUUAGGAAAAAGACAAGGAGCAUGCAUCUGUCUCCUGAACAGCUGAGGCUCUGUGUACAGGAGUACCAGGGCAAGUACAUACUCAAAGUGUGUGGCUGCGAUGAGUACCUGCUGGAGCGGCUGCCUCUCAGCCAGUAUAAGUAUAUCCGCAGCUGUAUCACGAUAGGCCGACUGCCUCACCUGAUGCUGAUGUCUAAAGAUAGCCUAUAUUCUCAGCUUCCUGCUAAUGGAUUUCUGAUGCCUUCUUAUGGCCGACGGACCCCUCAACCAAGUCCGGCAGGCACUGCUAAUGGAGGUGCUGGGGAUUCUACUUCCUGUAGAUCUUUAUGGGCCUUCAACAGUCUACUGAGAAUCCGUGUCCUUUGUGCGACCUAUGUCAAUGUGAACAUUAGGGACAUUGACAAGAUCUAUGUCAGGACUGGAAUUUACCACGGAGGAGAGCCCUUGUGUGACAAUGUGAACACUCAGAGGGUGCCAUGCUCUAACCCAAGGUGGAAUGAAUGGCUGUCCUACGAUAUCUACCUCACUGACCUGCCUCGGUCGGCUCGUCUCUGCCUGUCUAUCUGCUCAGUGAAAGGUCGGAAGGGAGCCAAAGAGGAAUAUUGUCCGCUCGCAUGGGGUAAUGUCAACCUGUUUGACUAUAAAGACACACUGGUGACUGGGAAGAUGGCCUUAAAUCUUUGGCCGGUGCCUCAUGGGCUGGAGGAUCUGCUCAAUCCAAUUGGGGUCGCAGGAUCAAACCCCAACAAGGAGACACCCUGUCUUGAGCUGGAAUUUAAUUGGUUUGGUAACAGCGUAAAAUUCCCUGACAACCAACAGACAGAAGAACAUGCCAACUGGUGUAUCUCCCGGGAGCUCGGAUACAAUUACUGUCUUGUGGGCGCGAGUAAUAGACUGGCAAGAGAUAAUGUACUCAGUGACAGUGACAUUGAUCAGCUGCGUAGUAUCUGUCAUCGAGACCCACUCUCAGAACUGACUGAGCAAGAGAAGGAUUUCCUUUGGCGGCACAGACAGUACUGUGUGAGUAUGCCAGAGAUACUGCCCAAGCUUCUGCUGUCUGUGAAAUGGAACUCCCGGGAUGAAGUAGCCCAGAUGUACUGCCUGCUGAAGGACUGGCCCCUGAUGAAGCCAGAGCUGGCAUUAGAGCUGCUUGACUGUAAUUUCCCAGACCCAGUGGUGCGUGAUUUUGCCCUCAAGUGUUUAGUGAAGGGGCUGACAGAUGACAAGCUGUCUCAAUACUUGCUACAGCUGGUACAGGUACUCAAAUAUGAGCAAUACUUAGAUAAUCCACUUGCUCGUUUUCUCAUCAAAAAAGCACUGACCAACCAACGCAUUGGCCACUUCUUCUUCUGGCAUCUUAAGUCAGAAAUGCACAACAAGACAGUGAGUUUGCGGUUUGGUCUGUUGCUGGAGGCAUUCUGUCGAGCUUGUGGGAUGUACCUGAAACAUUUAAACAGGCAGGUGGAAGCCAUGGAAAAGCUCAUUAAUUUGACUGAUAUCCUGAAGCAGGAAAAGAAGGAUGAGCCACCAAAGACACAAAUGAAGUUUUUAGUUGAACAAAUGAGCCGCCCUGACUACAUGGAAGCUCUUCAAGGGUUUGUGUGUCCAUUAAAUCCUGUCCACCAGCUAGGGAAUCUCAGACUAGAGGAGUGCCGUUUUAUGUCUUCUGCUAAAAGGCCGCUGUGGCUGAACUGGGAGAACCCUGACAUUAUGAGUGAGCUACUCUUCACCAACAAUGAGAUAAUCUUCAAAAAUGGUGAUGAUCUGAGGCAGGACAUGCUAACUUUGCAAAUCAUUAAAAUCAUGGAAAACAUCUGGCAGAACCAAGGACUUGACCUCAGGAUGCUUCCCUAUGGCUGUCUGUCUAUAGGUGACUGCGUGGGACUAAUAGAGGUUGUGAAGAACUCGCACACCAUCAUGCAGAUCCAGUGUAAAGGAGGCCUGAAAACAGCAUUACAAUUCAACAGUAAUGCACUUCAUCAGUGGCUUAAAGAGAAGAACAAGGGAGAUACAUAUGAUGCUGCCAUUGAUUUAUUCACCCGUUCCUGCGCUGGCUACUGUGUGGCCACAUUCAUCCUGGGCAUUGGCGACCGUCACAACAGCAACAUCAUGGUUAAGGAUGAUGGGCAGCUAUUCCACAUUGAUUUUGGACACUUCCUCGAUCACAAAAAGAAGAAAUUUGGCUAUAAACGGGAGCGAGUGCCUUUCGUGUUGACCCAAGAUUUUCUAAUUGUGAUCAGCAAAGGAUCACCGGAGUGCACAAAGACAAAGGAGUUUGAGAGAUUUCAAGAGAUGUGCUACAAAGCCUACCUUGCCAUUCGCCAGCAUGCCAACCUGUUCAUCAAUCUUUUCUCUCUUCUGUUGGGGUGUGGCAUGCCUGAGCUACAAUCCUUUGAUGACAUCGCCUACCUGCGCAAAACUCUGGCCCUGGAUAAAAUGGAGCAGGAAGCCUUGGAGUACUUCACCAAACAGAUGAAUGAUGCUCACCAUGGUGGAUGGACCACCAAGAUGGACUGGAUCUUUCACACCAUACGCCACAUGCCUCUUUCUGAAGCUAGUCAUGACUGAAGUGGAGACUCUCCUGAGGACAGUAACCCAGGGUAAUACUGCGUUGUCCCACCCCAAAGAGAUCUGGGGUGUCUCACACCACUAAUAUGUGCAAGUAGGCUAAAGUACCCAGACUCUCACCAAAUCAACCAGUUUGCCACCUUUGUAGGUUUGGCAGUGAAAUUAUAGCUGUAGCUACGUGGCUGAGAGGUGAGAAAUUCCACUGACUUUUGACCUCUGGAAGGUUAAAGAUAAGAGUAGAUAAGUGGGUCUGAAUUAGGUCUAUGCAUUGAGAGUCGUAAUGGCAUGGUGGGCUCUACAUUACAAGACAUUCUUAAGGAAGGAUAUUAUCUGGCAACAAGUGGCUUCUGGAAAUGUCUGAAUCAGUGAUUUUGCAGACUUGACACCGUAGUUGAGGUGGCUCUCAACUGAUGAACAGUCACCAUUCAGGACUGUGGAAUUUUGGGGGUCUCCUCAAUUUAUUGCUUUAAGCUUUGCUGACUCCUGUCAAGUCAGUAUUAAUGCCCACUGCAUGUGACUCUUCAGUCUUCUGUCCUCUGAGAUUUCACAGGCAAACAACAUAAUGGAGUCCCGGAAUGGCCUACUCUAUAGUUGACAUUUCUAAUAACAUCAGAAUGAGACAACAAUAAAGACAAUACCUUAAGGGGAGCGAUCAGAUGUUCUUCUGCUCCAGACCAAUCAGUUAGUCACACUUUCUUCAUUUUAUAUAGCACCUUUCUUGAAAGCACUGCCACAAAGUGCUUAGCAAAGCAGCUUAACCAUGCCAGCCGAGUGUGAAUGACCACUUGCUACUUUUGCACCUUUCAGAGUCAGUACAAAGUGGUGCUAUAAUAUGAGUGGAGUUGGCCUUUGAUUGCUCAGGUGAUCUGAAGUUCAGCUGAUCGGACUUCCUUCUUCUGAAAAAGAUCUGGUGCUGAAACAAUGAUCUGGAGGGAGUCUGCUAUCAGUAAAUAUGCCUGUCAACUGCUUCAGUGAAUGAAACAUAAAUAUUCCCACCAUCUCUGAACCACCCUGGACUGGACUCAAGACCUAACAAGUCCACAGUUCUCUAAAUUAAAGAUUUUGCCCCAAGAAGGCUUUGUCCUGGACUGCUGCCAUAGUACAGUUAUCAAGACCUUAAUUGACUGGCUCCUGUAAGCAGGACGAACUGGAGCAGCACGCCACCUGUAAGCCACCGUGCACUUGUUUCGCAUAGCAAUACUGCACUUUUCACCGUGUUUGUAUGUGUGUAGGCGUGAACACGCAGGCUGCACUGCUAAAAAUACUUGAAGAGUCGCGUGACGCGUAUUUUGUUGAGAAUAUUUUUUGUCAAUUUUUGUAACAUUAGAAUUCAUUGUUUGACUUCCUUGAUAUUCUUUGUUUCUGAGUUCUAGUGUUAAGUGUACAAAGUGAGAAGUGCAAAAAAAUGCCUGAAUCAUGUAGGGGGUUUGGCAUGUCAGAUUUUCAUGGUAUUCACCUGAUUUGCACAUCCUGAUAGCUGUAGUACUAAGCAUCUCCCCAAGGUGGUGCUAUACUUUUGGCAGUGUGCCUGAGAUUAGAAUCUCCCACCUCGGAUUUCUGAAGUUUCAUAAUGAGUGUUGAUUUUUAUUCCAAUUCUGAAUGUGCACUUAUGCAGACUCUGUAUUCCUUCCAGCGCUUUGUUAAGAGGUCUGAUAUAAACAUUUCACAUAGCUAUGCACAAUUUGGGCAUUGCUUAUCAAUGAGGGCUCAUGAAGGAGCAAAGAAAUAGGAUAUUUUUUGCAAAAUGAUGGAUAGGUUUACUCAGAACAAUAAUAGUUCAUCAUUUUAAAUAUGGGGACUCAUGACUAGCAAUAAUUAAGGUCCUUGUGUGUACGGUACAAGGUACAAUGGGCGUAUACGGUUUAAACUGGCAAACAUUUUGGCUGAGCUCUCUUUGACUUCAUGAGGAGUGGCAUUUCUCUGCCCGCCUCCUAUCACACUGUAAUCCUACCCACAAAGCCUGCCCUGGCUUACUAUGCACAAUACAUCACAGACACCUGCCAUCACUAAUUUGUAUAUUUUGCAAACAGGUGUCUUGGGCUGUGAGGGUUGUGGGGGUGCUUUUCUCUUACAAUCAAAAUAUUUAAAUAUGGUUAUUUUUCACAGUGCACCCCUUAACCUCCAUCUCCCCUUUGCUCAUAUAGUGCCUUUUGGUAUAAGCACCAUUACUUAGCACUCAUGAACAGCAUUAACAGCGAGUCCUGCCGAACAUGUGUUUGAGACGUUGUGGCUUCCCCUGGCGUACUAGUAUUAUUCUGGGGUUGCUUCAAUCAUCCCAUAUUGAUGUAUUUUUGCACCUUUCAUAAUUUGCACUAUGACACAUCCAUCCAUCUAUUUAUAUAUUAUUGCACUCAACACAGAAUCGUCUUGAGUGCAAUAAUGGAAUGAGCCUCAGAGUGCCAGUCUGUUACAGGGCAUGCAAAAGUAUACCAAGCCAAUUUAGUGUCAUGCCUGACACUUUUGGAAAUUUUACAAAGCCAUCAGGGAAACUGAGAAGACAUCUCCACAUGAACAGUGACUGAGCCAAGAAUAAAAGCUGGAUUCCUAGAGCUUUGCCUGUUACGCUGCCUGAUUGGAUCCAGCCAUCCAUUCAUUUUCUGAAUCAUUGCAUAGCUGAGCAGAGCCCACAUCUCUGCAGCCUUGUGUGUAAAGCAAGAAAUAACUUCAGAUGAGGCGUAUCACUUGGCAGGCUUGUGCACUUAACCACAUUUGCUCAUACCGGCUCACUUUACAGUCAGUUUCCAUCUGUACAUUUCCUGAAGUUCCUUAGUCAAAUACAUGGCUGGAGGGAGGCUGUCCCAGCAACAUUAGGCUCAACGCUGGAUGUGCAUUCUUCACACAAUAACUUCACAUUUUUUUUAUGUAGUGCAUUUCAUAUUUUUGCUCAUAAAGGUCCAGUUUAGUGAUGGCAGUUGACCUAACAAAUGUAUCUUGGAUGGGAGAGAAAAUUAAAAUAUCCUUAGAACACCCACAUGGUUAGCAGGUGGCUGUGCACACAUCACAUGGGUAAUGGCUGGCCCAGUAAUCAAACCCAAGUGUUAGUGGCUGUGAGACAGCAGUACUAUCAACUGGGCCAUAUGAACACUCUACUUUCACACAUUGAAUUGAAACUGAAAUCACAUUAAACAUCAAAGACGUGAGCAGUGUUGUUAGGAAGGCAGCACACAUGAUGAAGAUGCUAUCUUAUAGUUAGGUCCAUAAAUAUUCGGACAGAGACAACUAUUUUCUAAUUUUGGUUCUGUACAUUACCACAAUGAAUUAUAAUCAAACAACUCAGCUGCAGUUGAAGUGCAGACUUUCAGCUUUAAUUCAGUGGGGUGAACAAAACGAUUGCAUAAAAAUUUGAGGCAACUAAAGCAUUUUUUUAACACAAUCCCUUCAUUUCAGGAUCUCAAAAGUAAUUGGACAAAUUAUAAAACUGGAAACAAAAUGUUCAUUUCUAAUACUUGGUUGAAACCCCUUUGGUGGCAAUGACAGCCUGAAGUUUUGAACUCAUGGACAUCACCAGAUGCUGGGUCUCCUCCUUUUUAAUGCUCUGCCAGGCCUUUACUGCAGCGGCUUUCAGUUGAUGUUUGUUUGUGGGCCUUUCUGUCCGAAAUUUAGUCUUCAACAAGUGAAAUGCAUGCUCAAUUGGGUUAAGAUCAGGUGACUGACUUGGCCAUUCAAGAAUUUUCCACUUCUUUGCUUUAAUAAACUCCUGGGUUGCUUUGGCUGUAUGUUUUGGGUCAUUGUCCAUCUGUAUCAUGAAACGCCGCCCAAUCAAUUUGACUGCAUUUAGCUGGAUUUGAGCAGACAGUAUGUCUCUGACACCUCAGAAUUCAUUCGGCUGCUUCUGUCCUGUGUCACAUCAUCAAUAAACACUAGUGUCCCAGUGCCACUGGCAGCCAUGCACGCCCAAGCCAUCACACUGCCUCCACCGUGUUUUACAGAUGAUGUGGUAUGCUUUGGAUAAUGAGCUGUUCCACGCCUCCUCCAUACGUUUUUCUUGCCUUCAUUCUGGUAGAGGUUGAUCUUGGUUUCAUCUGUCCAAAGAAUGUUUUUCCAGAACUGUUCUGGCUUUUUUAGAGCAAAGUCCAAUCUAGCCUUUCUAUUCUUGAGGCUUAUGAGUGGCUUGCACCUUGCAGUGCACCCUCUGUAUUUACUUUCAUGCAAUCUUCUCUUUAUGGUAGACUUGGAUAUCGAUACGCCUACCCCCUGGAGAGUGUUGUUCACUUGGUUGGCUGUUGUGAAGGUGUUUCUCUUCACCAUGGAAAUGAUUCUGCGAUCAUCCACCACUGUUGUCUUCCGUGGAUGUCCAGGUCUUUUUGCGUUGCUGAGUUCACCAGUGCUUGCUUUCUUUCUCAGGAUGUACCAAACUGUAGAUUUUGCCACUCGUAAUAUUGUAGCAAUUUCUUAGAUGGGUUUUUUUCUGUUUUCGCUGCUUAAGAAUGUCUUCUUUCAACUGCAUGGAGAGCUCCUUUGACCGCAUGUUGUCUGUUCACAGCAAAAUCUUCCACAUGCAAGCACCACACCUCAAAUCAACUCCAGGCCUUUUAUCUGCUUAAUUGAUAAUGACAUAACGACGGACUUGCCCACACCUGCCCAUGAAAUAACCUUUGAGUCAAUUGUCCAAUUACUUUAGAGCCCCUGAAAUGAAGGGAUUGUGUUAAAAAAAUGCUUUAGUUGCCUCACAUUUUUAUGCAAUCGUUUUGUUCACCCCACUGAAUUAAAGCUGAAAGUCUGCACUUCAACUGCAUCUGAGUUGUUUCAUUUAAAAUUCAUUGUGGUAAUGUACAGAACCAAAAUUAGAAAAAAGUUGUCUCUGUCCAAAUAUUUAUGGACCUAACUGUAUAUGUCAAGUUAACCAGAGCACAACUCACACAUAGCUGGCCUCUUGUGGUGGCUACUAGCGAAAGGGCAGUUCAAUUUAAGGAUUAGGUCUAUGCUAUUGAUUUGUCAGGUUUAAUCCAGGACAAAACACUCUUAAUAAUAAUCUAGAUGCUACUUCCUUUAAAUUUAGGAUCUUCGAUUUAUGAACAUGUUCGGUUUAGCCUUUCUGUGAAGAUAUUGGAUUGGUUUAAUAUUUCUAAAGCAUUACCAAUGUAUGGUUAUCCCACUACAUACCUAACCAUCUUAAAUUAAUUAAAAGUAGAGUGAGAAAGGGGAUAGUGUGCUGCAUUUCAUUUACCUUAGAAGUUAGAUGAAUGACAGCACACUUGAGUUGACCACGAUCCAGUAAUACGUUCAGUUAAUCAAUACAGAUGCCUCCGGGAAAACCUGUUGUGCUUGUUCUUUUAGAACACAGACAACUGCUCAACAAGUUAAUAACAACGCAUUACAUGGUAGUUUGCAUAUCCAAACACAGUAGCAACAUGUCCACAGAUAGAAGUUUUGCAGUUCUGUGUGUACAACUGAUUUAAUGAGACACAAAUAAACAGAAGUACUUCUAAACGGUAAAAUACUACAGCUUUCACUUCUGUUGAUGCGUAGUGCAGCCACCUUGGAUUUAGAAUUUGGGGUUGGUGAGACUCUCCUGACUUUCCAAGUAGGAAAUCCAACUUGUGGGGGCAUUCCAGUUGAAUUCUACUUGAAACUCGGAAAUUCAGAUUUCCCAAUUCAAAUGGAACAUAACAUUAAUCAACAGUAAUUUGGAUGCAGUCAAGGGUAUUAGUGCCGUCAUUAAACAGCACAGUCUCUUUCAUCCACUUGAACCUCUGCCUCAGGAUGUGCUUAAUACAGGGUAACCAUUUCUAUACUUCAGAGUUUCUACAUCGCACACAACCCUGGCACUUGCGGCUUGAGGCUCUUCCAUUGCACAGAUGGCACCACCAUGCAAGAGAUACAGUAGAUGGUGUACCAUCUUGGGAAUGACAACGAAUGACAGCUACAUCAGAUGUUUUGACAAGCACACAAGACAAUCACUCUCCACCUAGCCACCUAUUGAAGACCCUGUUUUCAUCAUGGGGGAGUUUACACCUGCAGCAUUAGUAGGAAGAUAGGGCCAGUUCUAAAUGAGCAGCCAAUCUGAUAUCACACAGCCACAUUCAUUCUUUCAUCCAUGUUCAGAUUCCAUUUUGUCCAUUACAGGAGCCUAUCCUGGCAACAAUGGGUGCAAAGCAGGAAUCAACUCUGAGCUGGGUGCCAGUCCACAGCAAAGCACACUCAUUAACACAUAUACUCACCGCAGAGCCAAUUUUUAGUCACCAGUUAAAAGAAAACUGAGAAGUACAUAUUCACAUGAACAUGUAAAUGUCACAAAUACACAAUAGACUGGCGAUUAGAGUCUGUUGUAUCAACAUGCUACCCGCAGUUGUGGCCGUGCUUUAAUAAUUUCGCCAGACUGGCUAAGUCUGAAGCUAACUGCCCCCAUUGGGAGGACCAAAUAAGAUUCAACAAUUCUUAACAUACCAAUGAUGUCUUUGUGAGUUAUUUAACAUUUUUUCCAGUGAUUUUCUGUUGGCUCUUUUGUACCAUCACCAUGAGAAAAAUAUAUUUAUGAGAAGGUAUCUAAAAAACAAUCAAAUGCGAUGGACAGUCACCUAAUGUCAGUGCGCUUCCAAAUGUGUUCAUGGGUUAGGCCUGCUAAUGUUACGAGCGUUCAUAAGCAUUGAACACACUGACAUCUAAGAGUGCGGGAUUUGCACCCUGUACUUUAAGGGAAGUGCUGUGAAUUUUAUAUAUAUGUGUACACAUGCUAUAUUUAUAUUAAAAUACCCUCACCCCACCAAGAAUGGUUUUAUAGUGGCGUUUACUUUUGUAAGUCAAAAAUACUGCUAAUGUAUAAUGCUUUUUUUUUUACAAUUUGCAAUAUUUCACUGAAUGCAAUGUACUGUAUUUUGAUAACGUUUCUAUUUGCUUUGGACAAUCCAUUGUAUUGUAUCAAUAUGAAUGGACCUGAACUUUCCUACUAAUGAAGUGUUUCUGAUAAAACCUUUGACAUGGAUAAA